AUGCUGGAGACCAUCCACAACGCCAUCCUGGAGGCGGGCAGGAAUAUGUUCCUAACGCUGCCCAAGCUCACUUCGGAAGAGGUCCUUAGUAUUUGGGGCACCGUUUCUGAAUUUGUUGAAAAGCAACUCUCCAUGAAUAAGGGUGUCUCAAUACCAGGACUGGGCACAUUCUCCUUCUUGAGACAGAAGCUUGAAGUUGGCCAUAACAAACACAUCCUCCUACAGCGACCUGUGUUCCUUCUCUCUGAGAAACUUGCACAGAUUCACGGACUGAAGUUUAACAAAAUACACACUCCCGGUGAUAUCCCAAUUGUUAAGCUGAAUUUCAUUGUGUUAUCCCUGGAGGGUCCCUUUAACAGGGAGACUGUAGAGGGAUGUGUCCGAGAGACGCUCCUUUCUUUCUCGCGGUGCAUCGCCACCAAGCAGACGGUGGAAUUCACCUUCAAGGGAAUCGGCGUUCUGGUUAUCCGAGACAACAAGGUGAAAAUGAAAUUCUACAAAGACUUCCUUCAGACCAUGGAUGGGAGCGGGGCUCUCCUGAAAGCUCUAUCAAACAGGCCGGGGACGGGGGAUUCAGUGUUGUCAACCAGAGAAAGCUGUGCUUCGCAUUCGCGCACCUUCAAUGUUGCUGUGUUUCCAAGUAUUGAGCUGAAGGAAAUGGAAACCAUCGCCGAAGAAGAUGAAAAGUCCAGCAAAGAAAAGGAGCAGACGGACAAAGAGAACAGCAAAAAAGAAAAUGUUCCGGUGAAGCGCCGUCUCUCUCGACAAGUGAUUUCUCCGGCCAAAGUCACAGGGGUCAGUUUGACUGAAGAGCCAGAGAAGGACCCGAAGCCGAAGCUUCCCCCUGCAAGGUGAGAUCUAGAACCUGAGGGCCCCAGCAAGAUUUUUCGAAGGCAAACUCCAUGUUAGGCUUUAUUAGAAAAGGAAUUGAAAAUAAAACUGCCAGCAGCAAGGAGGCAAACGCCGUCUGUUCCCGAUGCCUCGAAGAUGGAGCAGGAAGCCAGCCCCACCCAAAUACCUGUCCCCAGAUCCAGGACUCCAUCCCCAAUUUGUCAAGAUCAUGGUAGGGCAGGACAGGAAAUGUGCUAUCUGUGUAUGCAGCGUGCCCAGAGGAACGUUCCUCUGUACUUGAGCGAAGAACGGAGGAGGAAAGAGAAGGAAGAAGACAGGAUCCUGGAGCAAUAUCAGGCCCUAAAAGAUCAAGACGCCCUUCGGAAGCAGCUGAUGCGCGUCAUGUCACACCGAGAACAGAGCCAGAAGGUGGCAGCAUUUAACCUUGGGGUUGCUGAAGCCAUCAGGAACCACAGGAACGAAAAACCUGCAGAAACCUACAAAUCCUUCAUUUUCGAGAGGAGGCCGCUUAGCCCCACCCUUCAACAAAAGCAAGAGGAGUAUUCACAACAGUUGGGGAAGCAGUUAGAGGACAAGGCGGCAAGAGAAUCGAAACAAAAGCAGAAUCAGGACCUCACUGAGCGCCUGGAGCAAGUGCAGCUGGCAGAAGAGCUAGCUGCCCAAAGAGCAAAAUAUCUGAAGGACAAAAUGGAGGAAAUGCAGUGUUAUAAGAGGGCAUUGGACACACAGAUAAAGAUGAGGCCGGCUCCGUUGCCGCAGCGCGAGCCGGAUUCAGUUCAGGUCAUCUUUGGGAAGAACGACAUGAAUAAUGAAAAGAUGGAGGAGAGAAAGAAACGAUCCCGGGAAUAUUCCCAGUACCAGUUGCAGGCAGCUGUGGACCGCAAACGGGCAGCAAUCCUCAGCCAACUGGUUGAUCAGAGGAGAGAGGCAGACAUGAUUCAAAGGGCAAAGCAACAGUGGAUGGCUGAAAGAGGCGAACGGAUUGAGAAGCUCUUCCAGAUGAACUUAGCUGUGCAGGACAACUGGCGGAAGAGUGCCGGGAUGAAAAGGCAACAAGAUUACGAAGAGAAGCUCUUUCGGCGUGCUGGGGAUAAACUCCUGCUCCUCGACCAGUGUGCGCGGUAUCGCCGUUGCUACCAGUGCAAGAGAAGCCUAAGCAACAAUGGGGAAACCAACCUGUGGACAGGCACGAAAUACGUCCCUGGAUCCCGCUUGAUCAUUUGA